AUGGCUGACGAUUCAGUGACUUCGCCUUCUUCAGACAGUCUCAUCGAAUGCUGUUAUGAAUCGAACAUGAAUCAUUGUUAUUCAUCACAUGGGAACUACAUACGGGUGCUCUCCCUCACUGCGAAGGAAAACGGCUCUGAAGAAGACAGAGUCGCUCUGUCGAAGAACCUAACGAAGGUGAAUCUGAGAAAACAGUUUGAACAGAAAGUCGGACCUUGUAAGAUGAAAGUGUUGGUGAUGCCAAUGGUUGUUGGAUGGCUUUGCAAUGUGAUGCCUUACAAGAUGUUGAUCAUCUAG